AUUCAUCCUCGUGUUUUCAAAGAACCAUCUAAUGAGCUUGGUUUGUGAAUUGUGAUCAUGAUGAUAUCACCUGCAUGAUCUAAAGGUGACUGAAUCCAUAAUAGAAUUUGAGAUGGUUAUAGUCAUUUAUGUAGGAUCAUAUAUUCUUGUAUAUUAAUAUAGACUGACACUAAGCAAGAGACACCUACCUAUACAUUUAGCUAAUGUAUUCCAUUUACAUAGUCAAACAAAGAAUAACAUGAAAAAUAUCACCACGUUUACGAUUGGGAUACACAUUCCACGUCUUUGCUUAUUAUAUAUAUCAAACAGAAAAAGAAAAAAAUAGUUAGGUUUUAAAGAAUCAGAACUUAUGAGAGUUUGGUUUCAUAGGACAUGUAAUAAUUCCAAACUCUCUAGACAUCAUAUAUCUCUAAAUUAAUUCUUGUUUAUUCCUAAGCGUUUGCAUAUCUCAAUAAUGCCGAAAGCAACUUGUAGUGACAAUCAACAUGCAAAGUCCACCUCAUGUAAUGUUACAAUAUCGAAACGAAAGCAACUCAUAGUGACAAUCAACAUGCAUAACCCACCUCAUGUAAUGUUAGACAGUAUUUGUUAAAGACACAAAAAUUAAUUAUGAUCAUAAAUGAGGAAUGACCAAACCAGUAACAUGUUUGGUCGUAAGACACAUGUUUUGUUUGGAAACCCAUAUUACGUACCGAGAAUGUCUUUUCAUAUGGAAUAUUAAUAUUUUGAGAAGUAUCCAUCUUUGUGUGUUUGAAUUGAGUCUUUAAAUACCGGUUAAAAUUCACAAGAGAAAUCUUACCAACAAAACAUGAAAUCCAAGAUAUUCUCUCUUCCUUUCCUCCUCUUUGUUUUUAGUUUCUCCCACUUCCUACACGGUUACGUUUCUAGUGAUCCUUACCUUGAAGAAUUGGGUCAUCAUGCUGGCUACUACAGCUUGCCAAACGCCAAAUCAUCCAGGUUGUUCUAUUUCUUCUUUGAGUCACGGAACAACAUAACGGAUCCAGUUGUGAUCUGGCUGUCGGGUGGACCGGGUUGUAGUAGCAGCUUCGGUCUGUUGGCUGAGAAUGGUCCGUUCACUCUAAAUGAGGAUCUCUCACUCUCUCGGAACGAGUAUAGUUGGAACCAGGUCUCCAAUAUAAUUUACGUUGACCAACCCGUUGGGACAGGUUUCAGUAGCGUAUCAGACACUGACGUUCUCCGGCAUGACGAAACUGGUGUGAGCAACGACCUCUACAACUUCCUUCAGGUGUUUUUCAAGGAGCAUCCGCAACUCGUGAGGAACGAUUUCUAUAUCACGGGCGAAUCUUAUGCAGGCCAUUACAUUCCAGCUUUGGCUUCUCGCAUUCACACUGGAAAUAAGAACAAUGAAGGGAUUCCAAUAAAACUUAAGGGUAUUGCGAUUGGUAACGGCUUAACCAACCCCGAGAUCCAGUAUGGUGCAUAUGGGGAUUAUGCACUGGAAAUGAAGUUAAUCUCCCAGUCUGAUCAUGAAAGUCUCAACCAAGUCUACGUUAACUGUCAAGGCUCCAUAAGAGAAUGCAAUAUUGAUGGUGGUUUAGCGUGUGCUUCUGCUUACCACGUCUGCUUCCAAAUCCUUGACUAUAUCAAAUCCGAAAACAAAGACAUGAAUCCCUAUGAUGCGAGGAAGAAAUGUGGGGAGCUGAUGUGUGAUGUCAAUUCCAAUCUGGAGAAAUUCUUGAACCAAGAGAAUGUAAGGAAAGCGUUAGGAGUUGGAGAUAACGUUUUUGUAUCGUGCAAUGCUACAGUUUAUGUUGCGAUGAUAGAGGAUUGGAUGAUUAAUCUCGAGGUUAAGAUCCCAACUCUUAUCGAAGAUGGAAUCAGCCUUCUAGUUUAUGCCGGAGAAUAUGAUUUGGUUUGUAAUUGGCUUGGUGGGUUGAGCAGAUGAAUUGGUCAGGCCAGAAGGAAUUUGGAGCAGCCAAGACAGUGCCGUUCAUGGUAGAUGGUAAAGAAGCCGGUGUAAUGAAGAAUCACGGUCCUCUCAUUUUUCUUAAGGUUCAUGAUACACAUGGUUCCGAUGGAUCAGCCAAAGGCUUCUCUACAAAUGCUUCGGACUUGGAUGCAAGGAAAGCUCGCUAAUCAAACUGGUGCGAUAGUUCGUCACUGAUUCUAAUGUCCAAGCUGAAUAUAUUGUUAAAAUAAAAUAAAACGUGUCUUCUUAGUUA